AUGAUACACCACUUUCCAUUCCCGUUUCAACAACCGUUAAUGCCGCUAACUCAAAACCUCUUUCCCAUUCCAUUUCCGUUAAAGCAGCAGCAACGUGUGAAUUGUCCCUUCAACGAUUGCUCUGUUCCAUUGCUCUAUAAUGGCUUUGAAAUUGUCACACAUGCAGAGUGUUCUAAUUGUCACCGACUAUUCUGUGCACAAUGUAAGGUUCCAUGGCAUUCAGAACACAACUGUCAACAAUUCCAGCAAACACAGCUGAAUUCGCGAUGCGGCAUUUCAGUGAAGAGAAAGUAUCCAUUUGAAGAACGUGAUCGCGGUAUGAGGAAGCAUAAAGCCACAACCUGUUUGAUGGAUUGCCCGAAUCAACAAUGCUGUUUAGAAUUGAAGCUGGAAGAAAACUUGAUGCAUUCUUCUAUUGUAGGUCGGCAAAAGUAUUCUUGUCCAUUCAAGGAUUGCUCGGCUUUGAUGGUGACUGAUGGGAAUGAACUUGUUACUAUUGCACAGUGCCCCUCAUGUCAUACGGUAUUUUGUGCCCAAUGCAAGGUUCCUUGCCAUGGAGGAAUCAACUGUCACCAAUUCCAGCACCAACAAAAUAUUCAAAAUUUCAAUCAGGAGAAGAAGGAGAAGGGGAAAACAGCUGCCAUCGAGUUUGAGACCAGUAAUGAGAGUUCUCCACAGUUACCAAAAUCCUUUUGUGGUAUAUGUUAUGAUUUCAUUCCAGAGUCUGAUAUUGUUAGAGGAAGUGCCACUUGCAAUCACCCUUUUUGUGUUAAUUGUAUAUCAAAUCAUGUGGCUGCACAACUAAGCCAGAAUAUAAUGGAUUUUACUUGUCCAAAUUCAAGCUGUUUCCAGGGGCUGAAGCCAAAUCAUUUGCAACAUAUUUUACCCGAUCAAGUUGUUGUUCGAUGGGCAUUCGAAAGGUUCUCCAUUGCUAAGUGA